UUCCUAACUUCCUUUUCCCUACCUCCACUCAGACAUCACGCACGCACACAUACCUGAGUCAACGUUACCACACAUACAAGAGGAAGAAACGCAGGUCCUUACAUAGAAAAAGAGCGUCCAGUGCGUCACACUACCGACUGGUAAAAACACCGCUUAGCCAGUGCGGCUUCAUUUAAACCACCUCAGUCAAAUGGAAUAAAAGUGACCAUGGAAUACCUCUGGGGGAACAUCUUCUUUGCGCUGCUUGUCAUUGCUGACAGAAUCAACCUCUCAGACUCUUUCAACGUGGGCACUUCAGGUGCUAAGAUUUUCAGCGGCUCACCGGUGGAGGAGUUUGGCUACACAGUCCAGCAGGCCACCAACCACGAGGGCAAAUGGCUCCUGGUUGGUGCUCCUUGGAGUGGCUUCACUCAAAACAGGAAAGGGGAUUUGUACAAAUGUCCUGUGUCAGGGUCCAGAACCAACUGUGACAAGCUCAACCUUAAAGAUUCAGUCAGUAUUCCAGAUGUGAGAAACAUCAACGUCAACAUGUCUCUGGGUUUGACCCUGACCCGCAUGCCUGCAGUCAAUGGUUUGAUGACAUGCGGUCCUCUUUGGGCACAGCAGUGUGGCGAUCAAAACUACUACCCGGGAAUAUGUGCAAGACUGAGCCCCCUCCUUCAACAUCAACCUGCCUUCUCUCCUGCUAUCCAGACAUGCGGAGGACCGAUGGACAUUGUGAUCGUGUUGGACGGGUCCAACAGCAUCUACCCCUGGGCUCCAAUGAGAGAUUUCCUUCAGAAACUCAUACCAACUCUCGAAAUCGGGCCCCAAAACACCCAGGUCAGCGUCAUUCAGUAUGCCGUUGAGUCCAAGUUUGAAUUCAUGUUGAACCAGUACAAAACCAAAGAGGAGGUGCUGAAUGCUGUGUCCAAACUCAGACAAAUGGAAGGUUCCUCCACCAAUACAUUUCAUGCCAUUCAAUAUGCCAGUCAGUGGGGUUUCAACCCGACCUACGGGGCCCGACCGGAUGCCUCUAAGGUGAUGGUGGUUGUCACUGACGGCGAGUCCCAUGACAAGGCUUUCAGGGAUCCAAUCAUCGAUGAAUGUGAAAAGCUAGGAAUCACCCGCUUUGGUAUUGCUGUCCUGGGUUAUUACACCAGAAACAACAUUGACACAGAAAACCUCAUUAAGGAAAUCAAAUCCAUUGCCAGCGUACCCACAGAAAAUUACUUCUUCAACGUAUCGGAAGAAGCGGCCCUCUCCACCAUUGCUGGAACGUUGGGCAGCCGCAUCUUCAACAUAGAAGGCACUGGAAAGGGGGGUGAUAACUUCAAGAUGGAGAUGUCCCAGGUGGGCUUCAGUGCUCACUACUCUAGCAAAAAGGAUGUGAUGAUGCUGGGAGCAGUGGGUGCCUACGGUUGGACUGGGACUGUUGUCCACCAAACGGGCUCUAAAGUGGAUGUUCUUCCUGUCACAGCCUUUGAGGGAACACUUCAAGACAGAGACAGCAGUUCACUGCUGGGUUACUCUGUCAGCACACUGAGUGGUGGCACUACUGAAUAUUUUGUAGCUGGUGCACCGCGCUCCAACCACUCCGGACAAGUGAUCGUCUACAGCUUCAAUGCGCAGGAGCAACUCACUAUCAUCGACUCAGAGAGAGGAAAGCAGAUUGGGUCUUACUUUGGCAGCGUCCUGUGCUCUCUGGACGUGGACAAAGAUGGGGUGACGGACCUCCUUCUGGUUGGUGCGCCCAUGUUUAUGAGCGAGCUGAAGAGAGAACAAGGUCGUGUUUACCUCUUCUCCGUCACCAAGGGUAUCCUGAAUGAGCAAGGGUUCCUUAAAGGCUCGUCUCCAACUGAGAAUGCACGUUUUGGGAUGGCCAUGUCUGCCGUUCCCGACCUGGACCUUGACGGUUACAGUGAUGUUGUUAUUGGAGCGCCCCUAGAGGAUAAAGGAAGAGGCGUCAUCUACAUCUACAAUGGCAGGAAGAAGACGUUGAACAGACAGUUUUCUCAGAGAAUAUCUGGCUCCACUAUGGAUCCUCAAGUGAAAUUUUUCGGGAGGUCCCUGGAUAGCUACAAAGACCUGAAUGACGACACGCUUCCAGACAUCUCAGUGGGUGCAUAUGGUAAAGUGGUGCAGCUCUGGUCCCGAGGUGUUGCCUCAGUCUCAGCUGAUGCUUCAUUUAAACCUGAGAAAAUCAACAUUUUCAGCAAAACUUGCGAUGUUAGUGGACGCAAGAUGUCAUGUUUCAACACCAACCUCUGUUUCAGCGCAAUGUUCAGGCCCAAGAAACCUGUUGGACCCAUUGAUAUUUCCUACAACUUGACUCUGGACGCUGAUUUGCAGGCUUCACGUGUGACUUCAAGAGGACUCUUCAUGAAAAAUAAUGAGCGUUUCCUUUCGGAAAAAGCAAAGAUAUCAUCUACACCACUGUGUCAAGACUAUGAAGUUUAUGUGCAGGAGACCCCAGAUUUUGUCAAUUCCGUCAGUUUGAAGGUGGACAUCAAGCAGCAGAAUCCAGACACUAACCCUGUCCUUGACAUCGACUCUUCCACCGCUUGGGAGUUCUUUAUCCCUUUCACUAAAGACUGUGGCUCUGAUGAAGUAUGCGUCAGUGAUCUGGUGCUGAGUGUGAAUACCAAUACAAAAGGGUCCAGCUCAGCUCCUUUUCUGGUCAGCGCCAAUAAGCGCGAACUGUCGUUUGAGGUGACAGUGAAGAACAAAAAAGAAAAUGCUUAUAACACUCAGGUGCUGGCUGCGUAUUCUGGAAACCUCUUCUACUCCUCUGUAUUUCCCCCUACUGAUGGAGUGAAAUGCACAUCAUCUCAAGAGCAAACUGUUGCUUGCCAAGUAGGAUAUCCGGCCUUGAAAAAAGACCAAGAGAUAAAAUUUCAGCUCAAUUUCGAAUACAACCUCAAUUAUCCGCUAAAUCGAGCUAAGGUCAAGUUUGAGGCUAAAAGUGACAGUCAAGAGCAGGUAACCGCAGACAACCAAGUGGACGUGUCCAUUCCUCUUAAAUAUGAUGUUGGGAUUGUUUUAUCCAGGAAAUCAAAUAUCAACUUCUAUGUGGCCAAUUCAACGACUGCAUCAGUAACAACGGUGAAAACGCUUGAUGACAUUGGGCCUGAGUUUAACUUUACCGUGAAGAUUUCUACGGGCAACUUCCCCGUCAGUCUACUGUAUCUGACCAUCUCUCUGCCAAUGACCACCAAGGGUGGAAACCCACUCCUCUAUCUUACCAGUGUGGACAUGCAAGCUGGAGGUUCUGUCAGCUGUGAUUCAAGCAGCCUGGUGGACCCACUGAAGAUCGGCGUCAAGAACAACCAAGUGUCUUUCACUGAAGAGAGUCUCAGAGGCAUUGAGAAGCUGGACUGCCAGAGUGCAAAGUGUGAGCACAUCAAAUGUCUCCUUAAAGACACGGAGGUCACAAGCGACUACUAUGUGAAAGUCAAAACAAGGAUUUGGAGUGGGACCUUUAAUAAGGCCAUCUACCAGACCACUGAGCUCAUCUCCACUGUUGAUGUGGAGACCUCCAACCCCGAUUUACUCAUCGUCCGCCUCAAAGAGCUGCCGGUGGUGGUCACAGUCAGUAAACCAGGGGAGAAGGCUGACGUUCCAGUAGGAGUGAUUGUGGGCAGUGUGAUCGCUGGACUGGUGCUGCUGGGCCUGGCUGUCGCGCUGCUGUGGAAGUUUGGCUUUUUCAAAAGGAAAUACCAGCAGCUGCAGAGAGAAGACGACGAGCAGAGCCACGCGCACGAAAACGAAGUGUUGUGAGCUGAAACGACUGAAACUUCGCCUUCAUUCCUUCUCCACCGUAAUAUGUGUGCGUUGUGCACACUCUGGUACUUUUUCACAGGUUCUAUAGGGUGUAGGUGUACUGACCCACGGAUGCGCUCGCCUUCCAGUAUAACUGGGAUUUGGACCUUUAGCCCUUUCGCACAAUUACUGACUUUGCAUAAAUGCAGAUAUUUUUUGCCUUUUCCAAUACCUUUGUACAACAUAUCAUGAGGUAACAGUUAUUUGUUUCUAGUUAGGCUCAGUUAACAGCAGUGAGUGAACUACUGACAUGACGACUGACACUCAGGGCUGUUUGGCGUUUGGACAUUGAAUUAGCAGUGCAAAUCCAAAAGGGAGCGAAGAUGUGGAAUGUGUGUUUUUUGUUUCUUCAUGUUUGUAUUGUACAUACUGUAAUUUUAAAUUAAGGGGGAUGGAAUAAUGUCUGUGAGAUUUAAAGGCAGUGGUAUUUUUGUAUGGAUAUUUUGAUAGCAUUUAUUUUGAGCUGCGAACAAUUUAAAAACUGAAUAACUUUCUGGUUAUUAUAGUCCAAAUGGCUUUCUGGUUAUUAUAGUCCAAAUGGCUAAAUACACUCCUGUCAAAAUGUUAA